UGUGUAUAUACAACUCUUUUUUCAGCAGUGUAAUUAUAAGGAUAUAUGAGAAGAUUCAUAGGAGAAACACUAACAAACAGGACUAAAAUGUUUUGUAUUAUGUAAUUAAAAAGUGAAUAAAGAAGGAUUUGAAUUCAAAUUUAGCUAGGUUGAAGUUAAAACUUCCUGAACAAUGUUAAGUCAGUGAUCUACAGUUACAGUCAAGAUGAUAACUUGAGAGUUUGAGAGAAGAAACCCCAAAAGUCCAGUAACCUCGGUAACAAUGAUGUCAGACCGAGGCUACCCAGGCCGGGAGGACUGGCACCGACGUGGCUCACAGGAAGUAGGUCAGCGUAAGAUUGCCGAACUUCAGCGUCAGAUUGCCUCAAUGGAGAUUGAUAUGCGAGAACGUGCAGACCUCGUACACAAGUUAAAUCGCCUACAACAGAUUGAGGAGGAUAAGAGGAUCGUAGAGGAUAAAGUUCUGGAGCGGAAUAGUCGAAACAACAGUCGGAACAGCAGUCGGAAUGGAACCCCUCGACUUCUCAAGUCUGAGAUGGAGAGACUCUAUGGAAGGGAUUCUCAUUUAGAUGGUGGAGGGAGUCCCGUUGACCGCCAGGUUCUGGAAACAGUCAUCAAACAUCGCACAAAGGAGUUCUCACAGAAACAGCAGGAGACGGCACUCAAAGCAAAAUUUUUGGACAAGGAACGGCAGCGUCUACAGGAGGCAAGACGUCAUGUCGAGGAACAGCGACAAGCCCUUCUAGCCGCCCAAUCACCCACGGGACGUGCAGCUGCAGUGAAAUCAAUACAACGCAAGGCCAAGCCUGUGCAAGGUGUGGACUCCUACAUCAAAUCUACAGUCACUCAGCUUCCUGGGACCAUCGAUAAAAUAUUCAAAAUGAGGGACAACCUCCAGCACCAUUACAACUACUACAAGAAGCCGUAUAACGGGGAGCUGGAUCUUGGGAGUUACCAGCCUUGGCAAAUACAGGACUACUUUCUUUGUCGUGGCAUUGUGGACGAUGUUGUGGAAAACUUUCUCAACCUCUACUUCCUGCAUGAUGAUGUUGUUGAGUCUGGCACCUAUAAGGCAAUUCUGGCGGAAGAUAAAGUGUGGCGGGACAGACAGACUGAGUCAAUAGCCGAGAAACGAGCUGUACAUCUUAUAGCGGAGGAGCUCAUUCUUAAUGAAACUGGUGACAUGAUUGAUGAGGUUAUCGGGGAGAUGUAUCACAUGUACAGGUCAUUUGGGAACAUCACGGAUGGCAUGCUAAUGGCCGAGGCAGAAUAUGCAGCAUCCGGCCAGUCUGAGCCACGAGACCCUUCAGACAGGGCGUACAACAUGGUCACCAAGGGUUACUACAGUAUCAAGGAAAAUAGAAACAGUCACAGAGAUGACAUCUGGGGUCACUCGCAGUAUGCCAUGAACAAGGUGAAAAAGAGAAAGAUCACACGGAAGGCAGGAGGAGAGGAAGUUGUGGAAGAGGUGGAGGCGGAUGAGGAAGAGGAGGAGGAAGAUGUAGAUGCACCAGACUUGACCAUACUUGACUUUAACACCAUACCGACUGUACAACCUCGAAGCUUGGAACCAUCAUUACUUGACCCUGCAGAACUCCUACAUGAAAAGGAGGCCUUCAGGAGAUACUCCCGCCGUGAACUCAACUACUGGAAGAAAAUGGUGCCCACUGUACACGAGCACACAUUUGACAAGAAGUCCCGAGGACUUCGCUUGGUUCAGACAUCACCCAACCAUCGAUUCAUAGCUGCUACCACCUUUCAUGGAGAUAUUAUGGUAUAUGACCUCUCAGUGGAACCCUGGCGUCCAUUCCGUGUCCUCACGUACGAUGACAAGAAGGACAACCCAGUAACUGACAUUUCCUGGAGCCUGGACGGCACACGCUUUACAGCAAUCAACUCAUUGGGACGGCUUCAAGUGAUCUCAGUAGUUAGUGGCCAGGUUGACUUUGGCCCUGGUCAGAAACUUGGACUGCCAAUUGACGACAAGGGGAUUUACCCGCAGCAAAUGCAGGUCCUACUGACCCUCGAUACCCGACGGCAUGACUUCAUCUUUAAACAAGGUCCCCUUGCAGAGGAGGGUGUUCAGGAUGACGACGAACUGGCCCCACAGAAGGCUGCAUUCUUUCCUUCCCUUUCCUUCCUGGGCACACAGAAUGACGUCAUGGUAAGCCUGGAUAACGGUGACAUUCUCAAGUGUAACAUCCAGGAUGCCGUGAAGUCCAUCAACCCAGAACACCUCGCUGUUGAUAACGACUGUCCCCGUAUAUAUCGGCCACUUCUGUCUAUACAGGAAGAGGCCACCGAUGUUAACGCCAUUGGUCGAGAUGUUGAGGCAGAGCUGCUACGUGCCCACAAGAAAAGUAUCGUGUACAUGUGCUUUGUGGAGAGCCUAGGGACCAUGAUCACUGUCGACCAACGGGGUUUCAUUUACAAGUGGAAAUAUAACAUCAAGUUCAAAGCGUCAUUUGGUUGGUACAUUCCAUCCAGAAAAUUCAAACUGGAGACAUCAAAGAUCAUGUACAAAGAAUCAGAAAAGGAUAAACCAAAGGUUGUGUUUACGGACCAGACUGCUCCGGGGAAGAAGCCGAGAACGAGACAGGAGAUAGCUGCUCAAAGGAAGCGGGUACAGAACACCUUGGAAAACAUGCAGCUUGGGGAGCCCUGGCACCAGGAAGACCUGGAUGAGGAGGACAUGCUUAUGCAGAUCUUUGCGCCACGGGGAGUUAUAGCUGAAACCGGUGCCAUGUUUCACAUUGUGUACCGGGACUUGGAGACAGACAAACUGUCAACAUACGUCACACGGCUUUACAAACCUGUCAAGGUGCGAUGUACGCGGGUCGUGCAUGUGUCGGGCUCCCCCACCAGUACAGAUCUUGUAGUUGUCCUGCUCUUCAAUGCCUAUCCUCCAAAAGGCCCUCACUUCACAAUAUUCAUUGUUGACAUACGUACCAUGGAGUUACGGGAUAUCCGCGUUGAGUUACCAAUCACUCCUGAGGAGUACAACAUGAUGAUGACGAAAACUCUUUUAUCCUGUGAUCUUACACGUGUGAUGGGAUCCACUGGCACGGAGUAUCUGUUCAUUGUCUUUAACGGUCGUGUACGGGCUAUAUCACUGCUAACUGGGCAGACUGUAGCACGAACAGGGCUCACAAAAGAUGAGAAUGCCAAUGAUGAUGAAGAUGAGGAGGAGGAGGAGGAUGAUAAACCAAUAGAGUUCCCUGGCUGUAUCGUAGAUGAGAAUCUCCUGUUCUAUCCCCCUGAUGCUGAGUGUAAGGUGGCUUGUCUUGACGGUCGGAUGCACUGUAUUCUCUAUGGCAGGAAAAUGUCCAAGAUGUAUAUAAUUACAUUUGUGGAUAAGAACAAAUACAGUGAAAGACGAGCCAUGUACAAGACUUACACUACACUUCCAAAGCCAAGGAAGGUCCCAGUGGACUUACGACUCAACACGCACCAAUGGCAGCUUGAUGACAUUCAGCAUCCGGCAGUGGCGGCACGCCGAAUGAUUCUUCGCAAAAUUGAUGUUGAGAUGCGGAAGGCGGGGCUUAUCAGGGAUCAUCCCAAACUCAUCAAGAGGAUUGCCAUGUCAGACAAGGUGGAAAACUACAAGAGUCUGGAUAAAGAUAUAUCCCAGAGUGGUAUACUUGACAAAGAGGCUAUCAUGCAGAGACGGGCAGCUAGUAGGGCAGAUACAGCAACACCACCAGUGGACGACGAUGACAAGUUCUGAUUGGUUGAUUGAGGUGGUGUACAUAUUUUGAUUGGUUGAUGGAUGAGGAUGAUACAUUUUUACUGGUUUAUUGAGAAAGACAUUUUCUGCAUGGUUGAUGGAAUGUGUUGACACAUUCUGAUCAAAUUCAGUAAGCCAAGUUCUGGUUGGUCGGGUGUAUAUGGUCAUUUCUGAUAGGUUUGAAUUCAUUGAAUACAAACUCAUUCUGAUCAGUUGACAUUUAAAACCUAACAAACUCCAUUAGUUGGAAUUUGAGGGAGAUAACUUUUGAAUGGUUCAAAGUCGAGGAUGACAAGUUCUGAUUGGACUGACCAAAGUGGUUUACCAAAAGAAAAUGGAAAUAUUUAGUACAACAGUGUAUUAACAACAAGUGGGAUACUUUUAAUUUGUUCAGCUUUAGUUAAUGUUAUGGUCAAGUCUGGUGCAUCAUGUUUAUACUGGAAAACAGAGAUUUACAAAGCUUGUGAUAAUACUCAUAGUUCAUGUAACUGUUAGUAGUAUAAUGUAGAUAAACUUUAUUUAUUUUAUAGAAAUGUUUGCUUCAUUGUAAUCCAUUGUCAUGUACGGCAUUUUUUGCAGCAUUUGCUGAAUCAUAAUUGUUGCAAUGACCAAAAUUGUCAGUGUGAUAGUGGCCAAUACACAUUAUUUUGCUCAAUUGUGUUCAAAUGUGUCAAUAAGAUUUUCUAUAUAUUAUGAACUGCAUGUACAUGUAUCAUUGUCAUUACCAGUACCUUAGGCCACACCAUUAGUAUUUUUUUAUUCAUUGGAUUUUGACCGAGAAAAUAAGUUGUGUGGUACUUAUUAUUUCAUGUUUCUAUGUUGUUUGACAUAACAUGGUUUCACAAAAAGCGUUUUUGGCAUUUUUAGCUUUAUGUUGAAAAUAGGAGCAGUCGAUAAAAAAGUAAAUAAAUAGGUGUUUUUUUUUUUAAAUUUCCUAGAUUAAGUUGUGUUAAAAUCCAUAAACACAACUUCAAUUCAACUUGUGGGAUAGAUAAAAUAUUGCAAAAUGUAUUUAAUAUGCAUAACGUGUUACUGUAUGAUAAUUGUUAUUUUCAUUAUGAUAAUAAAAUUGUUAUUAUUAUAUUUAGGUAAUAAGUUUUAUUGAUUGAGUGUACUAUUUAGAAAUUCAUAUGUGCUAUUGCCAUUCAACAGACUGUGAUUAUAUUUUACAUGACAGUGCAUUAAAUUUGUUAUUAGUAUAAAGCUUAUUAAAGAGAAUAAUGAAAUAAAAUUGUUCAAAACCAUUGUUCCUCAUAGUUA